CCCGCAAGCCUUUUUCUCCCGGGAAGUAAACAAGGUCUGAAGGUCCAUCGAUGGCGGCGCCGUGUCGUCCUCUCGCCGUCUCCCUCCUCCUCCUCGUCAUCCUCCUGCCCUCCUCUCCAGUUUCCGAAGGCCUCUAUCUAGGGCAGUGGAGGACGCUCGUCUCCCUUUCCCAUUCACUCCUCAGCCGCGUCUCUAACGCUCGCGCCGCGCGGGGCGAUCUCGCUGGCGCCGAACGCGCUCGUAGGAUCGCUGACAAACUCCGCCUCUUAGGAGGUUCUGGAGGAGGUAUCUGGUCGUUGGGAUGGGACUUCGCCUGGAACUACGCUUGGCGAGGCGUAGGGAUCCCGACGGCUGAGGUCUCCCGCGCCGCUGCACGGCUGAUGGAGGCUCUGGCAGAGGCGAGCAGGAUUGAGUCUGGAGCCGAAAGGGCGAGGUGGGCGCUUCGCAAUUAUCGGGAGCUCGUCGGACUUGCUGACCCUUUGUUCAAAAGCCUACUUCGAACCUUCUCCAGAUCAGGGCCAUUGAGGGAGAUGGUCUUGAUACUGCAGAAAGAGGCGGCGGAGGGGGAGCUUCUGAAGGAUUGUUUGGAAAUUGGUGCUGCAGAUCUCGAAGGCUUACUUCGAAUAGCGAAGGAUCUUCUGUUCUCCUCCUCCUCCAAUUUGAGUGAAGCAGAGCUUUAGAAUCAAGUACAUUCAAGGCACGCAGCUGGGAUUUGGUUUGUGCCACUGACGCAGUUGUUGUGACAGUCGGGGAGAUGGAAUGAAUUCCAUGACUUAAUUCCUUGCUGGAGUCAACACGCAUUGAUGAGGGUUGGGUUGGUUGGUCUGGUCUUAUUCAUAAAGAGCUGCUAAAAUUAGGUGGGCGUUGGGAGUGGCACGAGGCAAGGCCGGGAUGUGGCUUGGUGAUGGAGAAGUGGCAGACAGCGUCAGAGUUCGAGGAAGUUUUUUAUUAUGAUGGUUGUUGUUGUUGUUUCUUCUUCAGUAAUAUUCAUGUGAGAGCAUUAUCUGAAUUGGGGUUUCAUGAGACUUGUCUGGGAAGAAAAAUGCCCCGUCUCUACUUGUGAUACACUGAAUUCUAACCCGACAGUGUCAUCUUUCAUAUCA